UAUAUAAUAAAUUAUGUAUUCACACUUAUUCGUGUGCAACAGUGCGAAGUGCAUGAACUGUCAGACGUAUACGUCUGGGGCAAACAUUUCUUGGACAUAGCCGACGCUAAGAAAAAAACGAAAUUCGAACCGAGAAAAUAUGAAUCGCAGUGCACGGUGAAAACGCAGAAAGUUAUGGAUCUUUUGACUUCGAAUUGGAUCAGAAAUUUUUUUACGCCACAGUUUGAAGCAGUGCAGACCGUCAAGACCUACAAACAUUGCGUUAUAUCGGCGGUGUGCCAUCACAUAAUCGACUGGUGUCGGGGCACGGGCGACAGGACAGUGUGCAUGACGAUUGUCGUACACCGACCAGGGCACAUCAACGACGGCGUUUUCUCGUCAUAUCCGGUGGUCAUCAGCGAGUCCGGAAAAAUGUCCGUCCGCAACAUUGAAACGGAUUCACAACAAUUUGUAAAAUUGUACAGAUAUCUGGAAACUCAACAAAAAGAAAGGUGCUUUAUUCGCAACUACAUCAAGUACAAGGGUUGAAAACUACCUAACAUUAAAUACACAUAAUGUGUAAAUAUGACGAAUAUUGUAAUCUCGCGAAUUGUUCGUUAUAAUCGUUAAAAUAUAUUGUUGUAACUUUUGACGAAAAAAAAAAGAUAAAAUAUACAUAAUAUAUAAGAAGUUGAAUGAAAUAUACAAUAACAUAAAAAAAAAAAGUUUUACAUUGCUCUGAAUUCAAAAAUGGAUAAAGAUGAAUUUUUAAGGUCCCCACACCAAGUAACAAAAACGUCGUUUUCAAUCUCUUUGACAGUUAAAACUAAUACAUCUGAAAACAUUUUUUUUUUGAAAAUUGUUACUCGAUGGUGCCGUAAACUAUGUAGCUUAGUCUGGAAGUUCACUCGGAAAUCUUUCCACCACAAAAUUCACUAAAAGUAAAAUUUCUAUUAAAAAGCAACCAACAGGUAUGCCACCAAUACCUAAAUUCGAAAAAAGUAACAUUUUCCAAAUUUUUUUUGAGGCGUCAAAAUAAGCUCCAUCCUUUUAAAAACUAAGUAACAUAAACGUCGAUCUAAAAACGGUUUUAAAUCCCUUUGACAGUUAAAGCUAACAUAUUUGAAAAUUAACUGUACAAAACUAUCACAUUUAAACAAAAUUAAAAAAUACAAUAUUUUAUCUAUAGGUACAUACUUAAGUGUUUAUUUUAUAAGUAUAUAUAUUAUACGGUUAUUACCGCGGCGUGCGACGUAGACCUCCUGGAAGUUGCAACUGCAACCCUGGUACUACGACCAACACAGUAAAGUCCACCACUGAGUAGUCGUCGCACAACUUAAUAAGUAUAAGUUACACACCAUAGGCAGCCUAGCUAAUGAUCGGCGCUACCUUAUUAGUGAACCGAAAAAAACCCUAUACACCCAAAGUCGUAUUUUUUUAAGCCCCCCUUCACAAUUAAAUAUUUAUAUAAUUUAAAAAAAGUCUAAAUUAUCUAUUUACAAUAAUAAUAUACAGUAACUUCAGAAAUAUUAUUCAUCUACAGUCUUGGAUUACACCACCUAGCUACAAAUCAAAAAUAAUACAACAAUAAUAUCAAUAAUACCUAGAUGCGUGCCGUACCGUCAUCGUCAGUCUGAAGUCUUUAUAGUAGGUAUUUCCGAUUUCGGAAGUCAGGAAAGUAAGUAAAUGGUAAUUAUAACGAUACCCACAAAAAAAUCAAGUUUUAAAAAAUAAAUAAAUGUUGUAACCCUUCUCACUUAAAACUCGGUUGACCGGCACCUUUCAAAAGUUGCAGGGGCAGCCCAGGCACCCUUAGCUGCCACCGUAGACACGCCUAUGUUACAUUUUAUUCAGUAUAUAGAAAAUAUAAUGUACAUACGAUACACAACCCAAUCGUACAGAGAGAAUCUUGAACUUUAAACCAAUAAUAUUUUAUGCAUUUCAAUUAACUUAAUAGUGUGUACCAUAUACAUAUAUAAUAUAUCAUCGUUAUAUUUUAUAAUAGUAAAUUAUUUAUUAUUCAUCUAAUCAUUUAUAUUGAUAUUAAACUCAGUUUACAAUCGUAUAUAAAAAAAAAAUGUUUUAACCUAAUUAUAUAACUUAUCUUUGCAUUUAAGCACACCAUCUCAUAUCAGUUUGUAACUAAUUGUAACUAAUGGCCUUUGUUGUCGAUUUUAUUUAAAAGAUCAAUAAAAAAAAAAACUCAGUUUAAUCUUUAAUGAUUUAUUUAAACGUCUGAAAAAAAAUCAUGCAACAUCAUUAAAUACGCAUAGCUUGAAAAUAUUCAUAAUUAUAGAAUGAUUCCAAUAGAUUCAAUUAAUUAUUCGUUUCAGUGGUGGUCAAACAGUGGGUGGGGAAGGAUGAGAGGGAUAGAUCACUCAUUGACCAUUUUUUUUAUGAACAGGAUUGGUAAAUCGGGUUCAAAAUGACCUUUUCUUGGUUAAUUAUGGGUCCCGAUAUAACAGGCGAUUAUUAGUCCGGUAUGUUAUUACCCGGUAAUAAUAUAGGGGGUAAAUAUUGACUGUGACACCGGGUAUAAAAGGCUAGUAGGUGAGUUGAGUCACGGAAAAAAGGUUAGUCCGUUCAUCUCAUUUUUUAAUGUAUCAAAAUCUUUAUUAAAGGCAUAUUAUAUGUUAUAAUAAUGGUAAAAAUGGAGGCUACGGCCAAUUAACCUAAUUGAGAUUCCAUUGUUAAAGACGAAAAAUAUAAUACAUUUAAAAAGGAAUUUAUUUCACCAAAUAUAUUUUUUAUAGUAAUUUUAUGAACAUAAUAAGUCAGUGGCGUACUCAGGAAUUUUGUAUGGGGGGGGGGGGGGGGCUAAGUAUACAAAUACAAUAUGUUUUUUAUUUACACUAUUUAUUUUUUUUAUCAAUCUUGAUAAAAUUUUAAGGUCAACAUAGUCAAUGGGGGGCCCCCUUAGCCCCCCCUUGCUAC